AUGAGGAAGCCUGAUUCCAAAAACAAGUACAUCGCCAUCUCACACGUCUGGAAAUUUGGACAUGCUGUUGAAACCGUCUGGAACGAUAUGGAAGAGAAGGAGCAACUUGCAAUUGACAUCGACGGCCCGGACGAAAAUAGCCUCGAUUCCAAGAUGAUCAGUUGGUCCGGCUUAGUUCAGAUGGCUCAUGCGGCGGCUAAUAUGCCCGGCAAGAAACGAGCCAGGUACAUCUGGCUAGACCUGCUGUGUCUUGACCAAGUCUCCCAGAAAGAGGACAAAGAAAAGGAAUACCAAAUCUGCAUCAUGGGCCACAUUUACACAUACGCGUAUGCUGUCGUCACAAUGAUAGGUGGUGUCGCAGCUGUGCAGCAUGUCAAUGAGCCAACCGGCUGGAUGGAUAGGGCAUGGACGUUGCAGGAAUCAAUCCUGAAUCAGACAACCUAUGUCUACAUCAAGUGGCCUUCGGAUAAGCUGACAGUCAAAGCCCUUGAUAGCCAGGAUAAACGGCGGAAAUUUCAAUUUCAUCAUGUGAAGACUGCACGAGGAGAGUUAGGGUUCUGGACGGAGAGGAAAGAUGGGCCGGCGACGUUCCUCGGAGGGCUUUACGGGCUAGCCUUUCCAAAACCAAAAAAAAUCAAAUUUAUCGGCGUGUGGAGGAGCAUGUACAUGCGGACAUCGUCUAAGCCUGCGGACGUUGUGUAUAGCGUCAUGGCCAUCUUUAAAGUCAAAAUCGACCCCUAUCGCAAAAACCGAGCUCCACAAUUUCUUUUUGAGGACCUGGCUCGGAAGACGGCGGCCGACAGAAACAUUGGACCGGUUUGGUUGACUCUCGGUGGCAUCUAUGGCAGCGAGAUCUGGCAGCAGCCAGAUUCGGGCCUCAUACCCAGAUUCCCUCAUGGGCAGAAGGCCGGCCAGAAGUCGGACAAUGAGAUGCCGAAGGUGGUGCACAAAGGCCGGGUCCAAUGGGCGGGACACUGGAUGGACAACUCGCCAUGGUACGUUAAGGAGUACAAAAUGCAAUUUCUGACGCACUCGCAACCACACCUAAUCCAAGCCACGAUGCUUCGGCUACGUGGCGUCUCUAAGCCCAGAAAUUCUGAUUUACGCAAGCGCGGCAACAAGACAGUGACGAGAAAUGUUGGCAAUAUCAACAUUGGCGGCAUAAGGGGAGAAUGCACUUACCUAGGAAGGCUGGAUAAAUACAACAACACUACCCAAGCCAUCUAUGUCGGUGAUAUCGGAAAAAUGCCUGACUACGGUGAGGAAACGAUAGACUUUAGGGGCCAACAGUACCUGCUAUUUGUGCGCUACGACUGUAAGCAACAUUCCUGGACAAUACUUGCAGACGGCGCAUUCAAGGCGACAUCCCGCAAGUGGAAAACUUCGCCAGGUGACAGGUACAUUUUCACGAUGGGCCGCGGUCCCCAGGCGUUCUAUCGGUGGCCGGUCAAAGAUCUUGGGGCCCGCCCGCCACCAGAUAAUUCGGUACCAGUGUGGAGAACCGCUACAGUGCACUACAAUAUCCAGGACAUGUACAAGAGGACAAGAAUGUUUUCAAACACGCUUGAAAAUGGCAAGAACAUGACCGUCGUUUCUUACGGGUGCACACGCUCGCCCACUUCUGCCAACAACACAAUGUCUACCGUGGAGGAAGGCUGCAUCAAGGUGCCGUUCAGUUAUGACGGCUGGUCCAAGACGGUUAGCUCGAGGUUUUCCAUCCAUGGCGUCUGGGGACUUCUUAUUCCUCACUCAAAGACAAAGAUCGGCACACCUCAGUACGAGUAUCGCAUUUGGUUUGGCAUAUCGGGCAUGUACGUGCAAAUUCGGAAUAACCCCUCGACACCGUCCAAGUACUGGACAAUGCAUGCUGUGCCAUAUCACCAUCACGAAUGGAAAUGUCCUAAAAAGGCCGUGAAAUAG